AUGAAAGAUUGCUAUAAGCCUGAAUGCCUGGCAGGUUGGAAUCAUACAGUUGUGAAGGAAUUCCUUCUGGUAGGUUUAACUGAAAAUCCUAAUUUGCAGAUCCCUCUCUUUUUGCUCUUCACCCUUAUUUAUUCCAUCACUCUGCUAGGCAAUGGGGGGAUGAUUAUCUUGAUCAAGUUAAAUUCUCAACUUCAUACUCCAAUGUACUUCUUCCUUAGCAACCUCUCUUUUUGUGAUAUCUGCUACUCAACUGUAUAUGCUCCUAAAAUGUUGGUCAACUUUUUAUCAGAGCAAAGGGUCAUCACAUUUGUUGGCUGUAUUCUACAGAGUUUCCUUUUUGCAGUGUAUGUAACCACGGAGUGCAUCCUCCUGUCUGUGAUGGCUUAUGACCGCUAUGUGGCGAUAGCUAAUCCCUUGUUGUAUACAGUCAUAAUGACCCAGAGGAUUUGUAUUCAGAUGAUGCUGGCAUCUUACUUGGCUGGGCUCAUUAACUCUUUGAUACACACAGUAGGUUUGCUCAAAUUAGACUUCUGUGGUCCUAACAUCGUGAAUCAUUUUUUCUGUGAUGUUCCCCCUCUUCUGAGGCUGUCUUGCUCUGAUGCCCAUAACAACGAGAUGCUGCUUUGGAUAUUUUCCACUGUCAUUGCAACAUUCACUUUCACUGUCGUCAUGGCCUCUUACAUUCGCAUCGCUGCUGCCAUCCAGAGAAUCCGCACAGCCUAUGGGAGGUGCAAAGCUUUCUCCACAUGUGCCUCCCACCUGACUGCUGUGACCUUGUUCUACGGGUCUGUGACCUUUAGUUACAUCCAGCCAAGUUCUAAGUAUUCCCUGGAACAGGAGAAAGUCUCUGCUGUGUUCUAUACAUUGGUGAUCCCCAUGCUAAACCCACUGAUUUAUAGCCUGCGGAAUAAGGAUGUGAAAGAUGCAGGAAAGAGAUCACUAGGGUGGAAGACCACCUUUAUUUGA